AUGGGCCAACAAGACCCAGACCCAGACCCAUUGCCCGCCCAAUACUCGCGCCUGGAAUCUCUCCCCGUGGAAAUAAUUCAGUUGAUAUUCCUCCACUGUCUCGAAGUAAAUCUCCCGCGUGCCUCACCGCGGUUGAGUAACGCGCUCGCCAGUCCGCUACUGUAUACCUGGCUUAUUCGGCUGGCGUUUAGCAGUACGAACCCCAGCUCGCGCGAGGGAUUCUUCACGUCGGACUUUUUGCCGCCGCCCUUGGACUUUUGGGCUUUGUCUUGGGAGGAACGGCAAAAGCUUCAGACUACGCUGCUUGCUUGUCGGUGGUGCACUUUUUCGCUGUUUAGACGGUGUCAGCGGGAGUAUGUUGCUCAUGCUAUUCGGCGGAAAUGUGCGGGCUUGGUUUUUCAUCAGGAUGAUAUGUCUCUCUUGGAGAAUUUAGACGCUAGGUUUGACGAUGUGGAUGGGUGUGAUUGGGCUAUUGAUGGAAGACGUGGAAAGGGGGAUCUGGUUCUACCUGCGCAGUUGGAGACGGAUUCAACGCCUUCGACUUCAUCGUCUCGUAUCGACCGCAAAGUCGCUAUCUGGUUCCACUUUGGUGCUGUGCAGAUCCGUGAACCGCAUGAGGUAUACUACGAAAAUGAUCUCUUUAGACUGCCUUGCUCGGUGGCUAUUCGUCCUGGUCGUAUUCCGGAUAAAGUUCUGCGGUCUCCAUGGUCAGAUUCUCAGUUCAAGUUUCUACAGCUGCUGUCUACGGAUUUCUAUCUGGAUGAAGAUGAAGUGAGUCCUGAGCGCUCUUCUGAGAUUACAUACCGUCUCAUCCGGAAACGAAAGAUCGAGCCUUUUCGUCGCUUACUGCGCAUGCCUUUCCGCGCUGCGAAUUGUCGUGUGCCUGCUCGCUGGCCGUUGCAGUCUUCGCAUUACUCCCUGGUUCGACGGUAUGGGUCUGGCUCUGGGGAUCCAUUUGUUAUGACUAUCUUGAAUGAACGCUGGAAUGAUAUCCCUGCCGACGCGAAGGAGGACUUGCUACGAUACAUUGAGCCAGAGGGUGCAACGUGA